AGGGGUUCGCCAUGUUUCUCCAUCGCUCCGUCACUCGACUCCAUGAGAAACUUCGGGACCCAAAUCACGCUCUCCAAUAAUUUUUCUUCGUUUAUUUCUCUCCUCCCCAUAAACCUUCCUCGAAAACCAAACACCCCCCCACCCCCCCAAAACAACAAAAGGCCAUAUUUCUCUACACUCCGUCGUUUAUUUUCAGCCAAAGCCUCCUCUUCGCCUUCUUCAAAAAUCUGCUUGUAUACUAAAUGGAGGUCCAGUCGAAGAAGGACCCAGAAUCUGUGUACGACUUCAUUGUCAAGGAUGCCAAGGGAAGUGAUGUAGAUCUGAGCAUUUACAAGAGCAAAGUCUUACUUAUAGUGAAUGUUGCUUCUAAAUGUGGAAUGACCAAUUCAAACUACACCGAACUGAAUCAGCUAUAUGAGAAGUACAAAGAUCAAGGCCUGGAAAUAUUAGCAUUUCCAUGCAAUCAGUUUGGUGAGGAAGAACCAGGAAGCAACGAUCAGAUCUUAGAGUUUGUCUGCACUCGUUUCAAAUCAGAAUUUCCUGUUUUCGAUAAGAUUGAAGCGAAUGGUGAAAAUGCAGCUCCGCUAUACAAGUUCUUGAAAUUAGGGAAAUGGGGAAUUAUUGGAGAUGAUAUUCAGUGGAACUUUGCUAAGUUUCUUGUCGACAAGAAUGGGCAGGCUGUUGACCGCUAUUACCCCACGACCUCACCUCUUACCAUUGAGAGAGACAUACAGAAGCUACUGGGAAUUUUGUAGAAUAAACAAGGCUUUGUUUGGUCACAUAGUUGUUCUGUUGUACUACAUGUAAACGGUUUGCAUUUUCAGCUUGGUUCUCUGCUGCACCGAUGAUGAGACCUCUCCUGGAAAAUGGUGCACCGAAAUGAUUCAUACAAUUUCAGCGGGCACAGAUUCUGAUUUUGCUCUUGUGGUUCUGAUUCGAGUCUUAAUUCCUGAACUCUGUUCUCAUGUUUGGGUCGGUUUUGUUUUGUGCAACAAGAAUGCGAUUAUGGCAAUGCAGUUCUUGGGUCAAUGUGUCAAGACUCAAGUAUGCCAUGGUUUAAUGCAAUAUUUGGCCUUGAGACCAUAUUCUCCAAAA